AUGAGAUUGAAGAAUCUAGGUUUGGUCCUAGGAUUUCUAGGUUUUUGGCUUCUGUAUGGGGUGUCCUUUUGCAUCGCAUAUGAUGUCCACCACUACAGCUUCAUUCUGAAGGAGACAAAUUUCACAAGGCUGUGUGAAGAGAAGACUAUUCUUACUGUAAAUGGCAUGUUUCCUGGCCCAACAAUUCGUGUCCGCAAAGGCGAUAGGGCAUUUGUUAACGUUCACAACCAUGCAGAUUAUGGUGUCACUAUUCACUGGCAUGGAGUGAAGCAACCAAGAAAUCCAUGGUCAGAUGGACCGGAGAACAUCACACAAUGCCCCAUCAAACCAGGAAAAAACUUCACCUAUGAGGUCAUCUUUUCUGAUGAAGAAGGAACUCUUUGGUGGCACGCCCAUAGCAACUGGACACGUGCCACAGUCCAUGGAGCCAUUAUUAUUUACCCUGAUGUGGGAGUAACCCCAAAUUAUACAUAUAAUGCAGAAGAAGUCAUUAUACUCGGAGACUGGUAUAAGGAAAACUUGACAACAUUAGUGAAUGCAGCUGCAGCAGUCGGCAUUGAUCCAAACGUAUCAGAUUCUUAUACCAUCAAUGGCCAACCAGGAUAUCCAAAUAAUUGCUCCACCGAAACAACGUAUGCUCUACCGGUCCAAGAGGGCAAUACGUAUCUUCUUCGAAUUGUAAAUGCGGUGAUGAAUACAGAGAUGUUCUUUGGGAUCGCAAAACACAACCUCACAGUUGUUGGACAAGAUGGUGCAUAUACAAGCAAGUUUGACACUAGUUACAUAAUGAUAACCCCAGGACAAACAAUGGACGUCCUGCUCACAGCAAAUCAGUCUCCGGCCGAUAACUAUUACAUGGCUGCUAGUUCAUUCGCAGCUUCCGAUGCCCCUUACGAUGAAACCAACACUUCAGCUCUUGUCGUGUACAAUAAUUCUCCAUCCUCUAUUCUCUAUCCGCAACUCCCUUUACCCAAUAAUACAAAUGCUGCAAUCAGCUUCACAAGUCAAAUAAAGAACUCAGAAUCGGUUAAUCUCCAAGAAGGAUUUGAUGAAAGAAUCAUUAUUACAGUUUCUGCAAAUCAAUUGCCUUGUGAUCUUGAUAAAUGUGACGGUCCACAGGGUAACAAACUAUCUACAAGCUUAAACAACGUAAGUUACGUGUCAACAAGUAUUGAUAUAUUGCAGGCAUACACCAGAGGCUUGCUUGGCACUUAUGAAGAGUUACCUCAUAACCCUCCAUUUCCUGGCACUAACUGGACAAACAUUGAGAGGGAUGAUCCGGAAUAUAUAUUUCCAAGCCAAGGGACGAAGGUUUUGACGAUAGAUUAUGGAAAAUCUAUUGAAAUAGUGUACCAAGGAACUAGUAUUGGGAAUCCGGAGAACCAUCCAUUGCAUCUUCAUGGUUAUAGCUUCUACGUGGUCGGGACGGCUUCUGGAAACUUUACCGAAGAGGCCUAUAAAGAAAAUCUCAAUUUGGACAAUCCACCUAAAGUUAACACUGUUGGAGUUCCUAAAAGCGGUUGGAUUGCCAUUAGAUUUGUUGCUAAUAAUCCAGGGGUGUGGUUUAUGCACUGUCAUUUUGAAAGGCACGUCACCUUGGGCAUGGCCACUGUCCUCAUAGUGAGGAAUGGGACAACCGAGGAAACAAGCCUGCUGCCGCCUCCAGUUGGUUUGCCGGAGUGUUCAUAG